UCAUAUGACUACAAGAUGAUAUCACGUAUUAAUCCUUUUUGGCUGACUUUUGAGCCACCAAGUGAUACAUCAUAUUAUGUGAUGGGAACAUUGUACAUGAUUAUAUUCGUGUUUGGUGUAACCGGCAAUGGAUUGGUGGUCUACAUGUUUGCUAGAUGCAAAGCUUUAAGAACAGCAUCCAAUAUAUUAGUUUUUAACCUGUCUCUAAGUGAUUUAAUGAUUGUCAUCAAAUGUCCCCUGGCAGCCUACAAUAAUUUCAUGCGUGGACCUGCUCUGGGAGACUGGGGCUGCCGUUUAUAUGCUUUUGUGGGUGGUUUCAGUGGUACAGCCUCCAUUGGCUUGUUGACCGUCAUCUCGGUGGAUCGUUAUAGUGUAGUGGUGAAUCCUCUAAGUCCGCUACGUUUUAAUUAUCAAACAAAAUACUAUUACUUUCUUUUGGUACUGGCCUGGGUGGAGGCUUUUGGCUUCUCCGUCAUACCGCUGCUAGAGGUGGGCUUGUCGGUUUAUGUACCCGAGGGCUAUUUGACCACCUGUUCCUUUGACUAUCUGGACAAGAGUAUGCCGGCGCGAGUGUUUAUGUUUAUAUUCUUUGUUUUUGCCUGGUGUGUGCCGCUUAUCAUUAUUUUUUAUUGUUAUUAUCAUAUUCUGAAGGCCGUCUAUAAAUCCAAGAAUAUACAAAGUAAUCACAACAAACAUAAGGUGGAAGAACGUUUGGCAUUUAUUGUAUUGUUGAUUAUUGGUUUGUGGUUUUUGGCUUGGACACCGUAUUCCAUUGUGGCUAUGGCUGGUGUUUUUGGCAUGGAAGAACAUCUGACACCUACACGUUCCAUGAUACCGGCUUUGUUCUGUAAAACAGCCGCCUGCUUGAACCCAUUUCUCUACACAAUUUCACAUAAAAGAUUUCGCAAUGAAUUGCAGCGGCUAUUCUGCAAACGUAAGCCUAUUUAUCAAUAUUCCAUGACACGUUCCUCUUAUAUGACACGCUCUACCAGGCGUAAUCGUGUUGAUGAGGUGGCAGCUGACAAUAUCGUGUCAGCCAAGCAGUUGGAAGCAUAUCGAAGUAGUUUAAGAUCAAAAAUAUCCCUAGAUAAUGCAACUAUUGGAGGUGUAGUCAAUUCUAGUCUUUAUGGGAUCGCUGAUGCUUCUGCCGGGGUGUUUCAUCAUCGUCAUAAGCGUCAUAAGAAAUCUUCGCAUUUUGUAAAACAAAUAAGUCCGGUGGUGUCAUCGGAAGAAGCUGGUAUUUUUGUUUUGGAUGUGGAUGAUAUAGGGACUUUUAACAACCAGCCAUUGGAGACGAAUUUUUGA